CAAGUCACUCAGGUACUCAGCUCCUACACAGACCAUCACCAUGUCUGAUAUAGACCUCCAACCGCUGGUGGACGAAGACACGGAAAGACUAAUGGCGGGUAGGAAGAAAGAAGAGCCCAAACCACGCCCGCCUCAGUCCCCGGGAACGUUACACCGCAGACUGUUCGUCGGCGGCACCGACUCGGACUCGUCCAGUCUGCAGGAUCUGUUCGGAGACAACGCCGAGGACGAGUGGGAGAAACCGGAGAACAGGUGCGGCUGCGGCUGCUGCCACCCGGACUGCUGCCAGUGCUGCGCGAGUCCCAAACUUUUCGCGGCAAUCUGGGCAAUCGUGUGCGUGCUGAUCAACACGACGAUAGGCUACAGAGUGGGGAUAUUAGCCACUUUAGAGAAGGCGUUUGACAUGGAGAGUAAGUACACUGGUAUCAUGUACGGAGGGCACGACGCGGGGUACCUAAUCAUGGUCCUCCUGGUGUCGUAUUACGGAGGAAAGAAGGGGUCGCAUCGUCCCAAGUGGAUCGCCUACGGUACAAUGUUGAUCGGGAUUAGCUGCGUCAUCUUUGCGCUGCCAUACUUCUUCAUGCCUCGGCACGUCAUCGACGAAGGCGAAGAAAAAGUGGUUUGUACGCCGGGGAAGGCGCAAAAUUCGACAGACAUAGAGAACUGCAAGCAGGCCCAUUCGAUGAGUCUGUUCUGGUACGUCAUGUUGACCGUUGCGACGUUCAUGAUGGGGAUUGGUGGAGCUCCCGCGUUGCCUCUCGGGACAACGUACAUCGAUGAUCACGUGACAAAGGAGAGCUCACCACUGUACAUCGGUUUAGCGCUGGUCCUUCCAAACACAGGCAACGCUCUUGGUCUCCUCUUCAGUUCCUUUGUACUUCGAUAUUACGUGGACUUUCUCUUUGUUAGCCCUUCUAAGAUUGGAAUCGACUCCACUGACGACCGGUGGAUAGGUGCGUGGUGGCUAGGGUUCCUACCCCUCGCCGCGGCGUUCUUCUUCUUCAGUCUGCCUCUCUGCCUCUUCCCAAAGAAGAUGAAAAAGCCUCGCGAAGUUGGCUUGAAGGAGACCACCAGGAUCCUACCGUCUCUUGCAGAGCGGCAGUACCUGGCCGACAAAGGAUUGUUUACCACGCUGGGUUGCCUCUUCACCAAUAGCGUGUACGUUCUCAUCCUCCUCGCCAUCUUCGUCAUAUCCGGAGUCACCAACAGUUUCUCCAUGUACAUCCCUAAGUAUAUGGAGAUACAGUUCUCCAUCACCAAGGCGAACGCCAGUGCGCUGAUAGGAAUCGUGGUUCUACCGGCCACGCUGCUGGGCACGCUGAGUUCCGGGGUGCUGAUGCGGCUGUGUAAGGUGUCCGGACGGAACUCCAUCCAGCUGCUGGCCUGGCUGUUCCUGGUGGUGGCCAUGGCUGUCAUCCCCGCCAUGUUCCUGUACUGUGAGCCGGUACCCAUCGCAGGCAUCAUGACGGAGUACGGAGCUACAGCUUCCCAGUCGGGAAGACAGCCCCUCCCCCACGCGAACCUGCAGGCGGAGUGUAACAAGGACUGUGUCUGCCCACGGGAGUUCAGCCCGGUCUGCGGCCCGGACAAGGUCAUGUACUUCAACCAGUGCUUCGCUGGGUGUAAGGACAGUCUCAACACCAAGUACAAGGACGUCAUGUUGUACACAGAUUGCUCCUGCAUCCCCCCGGGGACCAUGAAGAUCCGGAAGGAACACUACACCGGGUCCGUGGCCUCCAACGACUGCAACUCUCUCGGGCAGUGCCACAACUUCAUCUUCCUCAUGAUCGUCCUGCUCGUGGUCGCCUUUGUGUCGUUCUUCGCCUUCACACCCAUAAUCACGGCAGUACUGAGAGUUGUCAAGCGGGACGAGUCCACCCUUGCGACUGGAAUGAUACAGUUUGCAGUCAAGGCAGUUGGUGUUGCUGGUCCUUUCCUGUUCGGAAUGGCCAUGGACUUCACGUGCAUCUAUUUCUCCAGCUACUGUGACGCUAAAGGAGCCUGUCUGGUGUAUGAUAUCGACUGGAACCGCUACCUCAUGUUAGGGAUCGUCACUCUUGGCACUCUGCUCGGGUCUAUGUUGCUAUUUUGUGCUUAUAUUAUCCACAGAUCAUACAGGGAGGAACAGGCAUAGUGAUUCUUCAAUGUAUAUUUAUCUUUAGAAAGACCGAUACUUUAAUUUUCCUAAAUAGAUUCACGUCCUUUUCAAAACGCCUUGAGUUUAUAGAAGUAAAAAAAAACAACUUUAACAGAAGUUUGUGCUUUUUUGAGCUUGUUAAACAUGUUUGUCUUUGGUAUACGUACCUCAGGUGGUCCUAUUAGAUAUAUACCGGAAGGUGCACGAAAAAAAAAUUAAAAAGAAGAAAGUUAUUAUUAUACAACUGUUAUUACCUGUAGAAAAUUUGUUCCAGUCUUGACCAACUUGUACAGUUCCGUCUUGUAAUAAGGACAGGGUAUCGGUGCAAUAUCUAUUUGUUGGUGUUUUGGUGUAAAGAAACGCAAUCCACAUACCUGGUGAACAUAUCGAUAUAAGGUCUACACUAGAAUGAAAAAGUGGACAGAAUCACUGUGCUUAAUAUUUGUCAUGUGAGAUAUAUUUAUUUACAUGUAUAUGCAGUAAUGUUUUGACUAAUUGAUCAUGGUGACCAAGCACCCAUCAUAUGUAUAUAUCACAUCCAUCAUUUACCUACUCCGUAGUAUGGCAUUUGCUUAUCCCUAAUGUCCUUGAAACAUUACUAAGUUAAAGUGUAUGCAUCCAAUUGUUAAAGUUUUGAAUCAUGAACAUCGUCUAUGGCCUUUGGUGUAUCUGUUGCCUCAAAUUCAAUGACCACUGGAUAUAAGAGUAAUAAUAUAAAUCUCUAGCUUCAUCUGGAUUAAUUGCUACAUUUUUACCUACUACUAGUAUUACGUAUACUUUCAAUGUAGGAUGGAAAUGCACCAAGAAGUCCGUU